AUCUUGGAACGGUUGUAUACCAUAGAAUCUGAGAUCUUACAGAUUGACGAAGCUAUUGCCAUUCAGGGCAACAAUGAUAUAGAGCCAAGUGCUGUAGAAGACCAUCAAGCAAAACCUUUGCUGCUAGGGGUAAAGUUCCUAGAUCCUCUUGUAGGACUAGUUGUCUCAGGCAUGAUCCUUAAAGCUGGACUUCAAACUGGUUACCAGAGAGCCUUCAACUUCACAUUUUCCACCCACUAUAAUGGACUAGCAAGGAAAUGCGAAGGGAACAGAUUACUAAAACAGUACAGCUUCCUCGGAGCAAAAUGGUGUUGA